AUCAAAGCAUUGUAGAUCCAACAUUAAAUGUUAAUUUCGUUAUCAUUUAUUUGUAUAUUUUUCCAAAUAACUGUAUUGAAUAAAGAGAAGUCUGAGUAUAGACAAACAUGGCGUUUGCUUAUGAUAUAGAAUUGAUGAUUGUCAUACUACUUUCUGGUAUGUCGUUACCCACGGAUGCAGAUAGUGUCGUUCUGAGUGCUUCCACAUGCAGCUCCACCUCCGAAUUUAAGAACCAUAUCAGAUCUCAGUAUAAACAAAUACAUGUUAUCCGUGGAAGGAUCAUUAAAAAUUACCCAAGUGAAAUAUCUCAAGAAGAAAGUGAGGCUUCUGAAAAUGGCAAGCCAUCUACGGAUGGCACAGUUAAGUAUAAACAAAGGGUUAAUAUCAUAAAAAUAUUAGAGGAGCUUGAAAACACAACAAGAGCAAUCCUCGAUAAUAUGAGUGAAUCGUUUGUCACAACAAAACUUGAAGCAUUCGAAGAGCUCGUGAAAGACGCCAUUAAGUUCUUUAAUAAGUUAGACAAAAUCCGGUCAAAACAUCUCAAGUCGAUCAAUAAACGACUGAAGGUAGUUCAACGCAAGCCUGGUGUGAGUGAGUCCUCAGAAUUGAAUCCUGCCGAUAUCUUACGUGAUUUAAUCAAUGGACAGAAUGAAGGACGACUUAAUAUAUUUGAGGGGAAAAUUUUGACAGAAACCAAGUUACGUGUAAAUUUAUACAUGGAUGGAUUACAAAGUAAAAAAUCAAAAAAGCAAAGGAACGCUUGGAGGAAAAUUUUAAAGGAUAUGAGAGCGCUUGAAAAACUGAAAAUUGGGAUACAACAGAAGACUAAGGAUAUUGGAGAAUUCCGAUUGGUUGAUGAAAUGUAUUUGUUUUAUGAAUGCGAAAAAAACUGUAGCAUACAAGCUGUUAAACCACGUGCAAUUGUAGCAAAGAUACACCGAGGUGAAGAGGCGACUCCGCAUAGCUGGCCAUGGAUGGUGAGGUUCGACAAAUAUGGGAACCAUUGGUGUGGAGGAACACUACUGAAACCAAAUAUCGUUGUGUCAGCGGCUCAUUGUUUCGUUCGUCCAAUAGACACGAGAAUAUACGAUGUUUAUCUUGGCUCUCAUGCACGAAGUAAACCAACUUCAUCAGAACAAAAAUUUUCAAUAGAAGAAAUAUAUAUUCAUCCAAUUUAUGAUGAAGAACACAGAGAUCGCCGCGCCAGAGGCUUUAACCAUGAUAUUGCCAUUGUUAAACUUAAUGGUUCUGUGCAAUACAACAAACACAUACAGCCGUGUUGUUUGGCUGAUCAGUCCCCUGUUGAAAAUGGAAACUGUAUUGCUACUGGAUGGGGUAAAACAGAAAAGCAUGUGAGAAGUGAUGUAUUGAUGCAGGCAUACCUUCCGAUGUUAAACAUUGAGCGAUGUCAGAAAAUGUUGCCUGAGCAUAUCAACACAGCAUACAUGACAUGUGCCGGGUCGUAUUCACUGGGGAAGGAUACCUGUCAGGGGGAUAGCGGAGGACCAUUGGUUUGUACAUUCGAUGAUGUGCCAAUAUACAAACUGAGUGGCAUCACAAGUUUUGGACAAAUUAAUUGUGGGGAAUCCUUCGGUGCAUACACAAAUGUUUCCUACUACCUAGAUUGGAUAGAAAAUACAUUGGAACAAUUGGAGAGCGGAGGGAAUGUUAAUACAGUCGCUACUUCGACUCCAACGACCCCACUCGAUUCAAAAACGAAGCAGACGACACUCACGUCUACGAUACCGACGGGGUCUGUAGCAUGUGGUACACAGGUCUUCAAGCCACAAUUUGCAUCAAAAAGCAGAUUAGGAAGAAGAGAGGUGACAAGGCGUAAGAGAAUUGUAGGCGGCAUCGAGGCUGUUCCCCAUAGUUGGCCCUGGGUGGUGCACUUUGAUGAUUUCAGUGGCGCAGGCUCAUUGUAUAAACCUGAUAUUGUCAUAACCUCAGCAACCGUCGCAAAACGGAUACUGUCGCAUAACAUCGAUACAGUCAGUGUGGUUGUAGGAGCACACAAUAUAUCACUGAACGAAUCGACAAAAGUAAAAAUAAAAUCCAUUGUCCUUCAUCAAGACUAUAGUUCGAAGUAUGAUAAUGACAUUGCCAUAGUCAAAUUAGAAAGGAGAGUUUCUUAUACAAAUGAGAUAAGGCCCGUGUGCCUGCCAGAUGCUACGCCAAAAUCCAAGACAGUGUGCGUUGUGACGGGAUGGGGUGUCACACAAGAACCUGAUGAGCCAAGCAGAGAAACGCUUCGACAGGUGAAAUUGCCGAUUCUAAAAACGUCUGACUGUAACAAACGACAUCGAUAUAACGGAGCAAUUACCAAGAAUAUGUUCUGCGCCGGUUACUUUAUGGGUGACCAUGAUACCUGUACUGGAGAUGGGGGAGGACCAUUAGUUUGUAAGAACAGACAGACAGGGCAGUACCAUAUGGUGGGGCUGGUAAGCUGGGGAAGUGGAUUACGGUGUGGCCUCAUGGACAACCCCACAGUCUAUACCAAUGUAUUUAUGUACAACGCCUGGAUUGAAAAAACAAUUGAAGAAAUGGUGUAAUAAUCAAUCUAUUGAAAGUGUUCAUGUAAAACGCUAGUAUUGGAUCAAACCCAUACUAUACACACUGAUAUUUUCUGUCUUAGAAUUUGGGGAUCAGCGCAAGACUAGUCUACCACUCGGAUGAUAUACGGGAUGUCAUCGCUUCAAAUUUUAGCCUGAUGAUCGAUUUUCAUUAUAACUUUUUC